CACGUCUGCCAGUCCCGCUAGGCACAUGUAUUGCUAAGAAUAGCCGGGCCUGUGCGGGGACUUUGGGCGAGCAGUUCACUCUCGUUGCUGUGAUGAUGCCUCCCCGGGCGUGUACCCGGCUCGCUGUGCUGCUGUGUGUGCUGCUGCCGUGUCGAUCGGGGAAACCGGACUGGAGCGGACAUCCUAGUCGUGACACGCCUUCGUGCGUUGCCGUGCUAAACAUGCCUGAAUUCCAGAAGCGGACGGUGCACAUCCGUGACCCUGAGCGGGUGGAGGCCAUAAUGUGUGGCCUAAUCGAGGGAGGAGCCUCAAAGCUGCAGAUUGUCACAGAUUUUGACAUGACUUUAACGAGAUUUUCGGAUAAUGGAACACGCUGUCCGACCUGUUACAACAUCAUUGAAAGCUGCAAGUCUGUUACAGAAGAGGGAAUAAGGCAGCUGCAUGCCUUGAAAGACAAGUACUACGCCAUUGAAAUCGACCCAAAGCUGAGCAACGAAGAGAAGCUUCCCUACAUGGUCGAGUGGUGGACCAAGGCACACAACCUGCUGGUGCAGCAGGGCCUCCACAAGGAUGAGCUGGAGCAUGCCGUGAGAGACUCCGACGUCAUGCUCAGGGAAGGCUAUGUGUGGUUCUUCAACCGCCUGAACGAGCGGCACGUGCCCGUGUUCAUCUUCUCGGCGGGUGUGGGUGACGUGCUCGAAGAGGUCAUUCGCCAGGCGGAUGUGUUCCACCCCAACGUUCAUGUCGUCUCCAACUACAUGGAUUUUGACGACGGCGGUGUGCUGAGGGGAUUCAAGGGAGAGCUGAUCCACAUCUACAACAAGCGAGAGGGCGCACUGCGCAAUGCCGAUUACUUCAAGCAACUGCGCAACUACAGCAACGUUCUGCUGCUCGGAGACUCGCUGGGAGACCUGCACAUGGCAGAUGGAGUGCCCAGGCUUGACAACAUGCUCAAGAUUGGCUUCCUCAACGACAAGGUGGAGGAGAGACUGGAGAAGUACAUGGAAAUGUACGACAUUGUCUUGGUGCGAGAUGAGACGUUGGAGCUGGCCAAUGCCAUCCUGCAGAAGAUUCUGUAGCCCAAACACCAUGGUCUAUCAAUUACAGCAAAAAAAAAGUGACUCCACCAGCCCCACCCAAUCCCCAUCAACCACAGCAGCUCUGAUCUUUGCUCUUCCCCAUCCUUAACCGUUAACUGAAUGGAUUCAUACUGCAUGAGUAUGGAUCUGUUUAUGGUGUAAUCGUGCAAAACCACUGCUAAAACCACUACGUUUGAAUCUCCACCUCGCUUGGCACAUGUGCCUGAAAAUGUCUGUGGAGAACGUGUUGGCCAUUCUUUCAUUCGAAUCUUUCAAAUUGGAAAGAUCAUCGUCCACUUUGAGAGUAAAUCGUAAACUUGGUAAUUUAUUUUUGAUCGAUAAAGCAGUCACUUAACAUUAAUUUUUAUUGCAAAAAUAUGGCUUUUAAUUUGGAAAUGGCUAUUAGAAUUUAUAUCCCUACCUAUGCAAGAAGCAUAUUCCAUUGAAAGUAACAAACAAUAUAUUUGGAACAAUAAGAGUUGAACUAGAUUGACAUAGGGGGUUCUCACGCAGUAGUUUUGCAAAGUAAAUGUACAGAGGAAAAAAUAGCUAUUUUUACAGAAGCGUUCUUUGCAGAAUUAAACCAUGUUGUGGAUAGUGUUUUCUUAUUUAAUUUAAGAAUAUUUGUGAAACGGUAAUUGGGCAAACGGCAUUUCUGUGUGGUGUGAGGGGAAACGGCAUGUUUGGCUGUGGGUCCUGUAAGGCAACAUCACACAAACUUUACAUAUGGCUGCCCUGGGUCACUGCUUGUGGCCACGUGUGCUAUUCAUCUCCUGCUUCGACAGAGAUCGGUGGCGCACGACAUCUGGUGCUAUGUGUUGCAAACACCAAACUGAACCUUGCUUAGUGUGAGGAUUAAUUUUGAGGAUAGAAUUGCACGUAGGGUGAGGAUUACUGCUUUUAAAGGUGACAAUAGCCCUGGUACUGAAUUAGGAUUGUUCAUUGCAAGUGUAGUGUUAUGGAUAGAAUUACGUUUAGAAUGCAUGUUUAGGUUGAUGUUAGGGUUAGUUGUACGAUUGUUAGGAUAGUCUUCUUGGUUCUUUCGGUAAAGUCACGUAGAAUGGAAUAAUAAAAUAAUAAAAAUAAAACAUAAUCAAAUAAUUAUCACGAGGUUUCGACCACAACGCAAGCAACCGUCAUCAGGUGGAGAACAGGUCUGUCGAGAAGACAGUCUCGACAGACCGUCUCAACAGACCUGUUGAAUCCCUGCAAUCACGAAAGCUUUAAAUAGAAAUGUUAGGAUAGUGUUAAAGUUAAGGUUAGCGUUCAAGCUAGGGUUAGUAUUAGUACAACACCAUGACUAAUGUAUUUAAUGAAAAUUCUUCGUGGAAAUGAUUGGUGAUAAAUGGAAUGCCAAAUGUAAGGUUUUGAAUCUUGUUGCUUGGAUGCAGGACCCCACCAAGCCUGCGUCCACCAUCCUCACCAUUUAUUUAACUCCCAAGUCAAAUGCUUUCCUCUGCUUUUAAGUGUUGUGUGGAGCACUGCGUUUAAGGCAGCAUUCUGUUAACUAAGCACAAAGUUAAGUUGGCAAAUUGACCAAACACCGUGCAUGGUUAGCCUUGUGCAACUUUGGGUUUAGUACGCAAAGCAAUUUGUUGCCAUCUGUCGUCGGUGCACUCCUGAAAUGUGCCACAAGGUGCAAAGCACAUUUCACUUGUAGCAGUAUUGAAGGAAAUGUAUUUUAUCCAGUGCCAGGUGCCUCUGGAAUUGCAUUAAGAUUCACUUGCUUUUUUAUUGGAAUAAAUAUCUUGGUGCGUUCA